GUCUUAAAUAUGGAGGCCGCAGAGAAAAAUUCUCUCAUGGUGGAGGAAGCAGUCUUCAUCGAUGGCGGCGAUGGUAGCAGUUCACAAAGUUUCGAGCAGAGCGCAGCGUAAAAAUGGGCCACGUUCCAGCUGUUGCCGCCAUUGUGGGAAAUCAAACCACGAAGAUAUCCGAUGUUUCUUUCGGACAUCGAAAUGUCACAGGUGCGGUAUAGUGGGGCAUGUUAGUGCCAUGAAACAUCUGUUAGCAACGUAAGUGAGGUAGCUGAUUUAACUAUCUCAAAUAUAUUUUCAAAAUUGGAAAUAACCACCAGAAACCGCUAAAAAUUCACUUAAAUAUCA